AUGUAUCAAUAUAUUAAUCUUGAAUAUUUCACUUUACUAAUUUCUACUGGUGAUGCACGUUAUAAUGCAUCAGUAGAUUUUCAAUGUUUUGUCAAAGAGUAUGCGAAAAUUGAAUUACGAUUUAUUGAUUUAUAUGGUUUACGAUAUGCAAACGUCUAUAAACGAACUUUGAAUGGAACGCAUUUACAAUCUUUAAAACUUUCAGGCGUUAUUGAUUCGAAUGUUCGUCGUGUUCAAAUACUAAUUAUAUUUGGACCUAUUGAAAAAAAAUAUUUAUUAAAAUUUUUAAUAAUUGGUUGUGCAUCAACGGGAAAAACAUGUAUUUUACAUCAAUUUAUUGAAAAUAAAUUUAAAACCAAUGUAACACAUACAAUUGGAGCUGAAUUUGGUUCAAAAAUAAUAAAUAUAAAUCAAAAAAAUAUUAAAUUACAAAUAUGGGAUACUGCUGGACAAGAAAGAUUUCGAUCAGUAACACGUAGUUAUUAUCGUGGUGCAUCUGGUGCUUUAUUAGUUUAUGAUAUAACAAAUCGAGAAAGUUAUAAUACUAUUGCUAAUUGGUUAUCUGAUGCUCGUCAAUUAGCAAGUUCAAAUAUAGUUAUUAUUUUAUGUGGAAAUAAAAAAGAUUUAGAAGAUCAAAGACAAGUUACUUUUAUUGAAGCUAAUCAAUUUGCACAAGAUAAUGAUUUAAUAUUUGUUGAAACAUCUGCAAUGACAGGUGAAAAUAUAUAUGAAUCUUUUCUUCAAUGUGCUCAAAUAAUAUUAAACAAAAUUGAUUCAGGUAGUAUUGAUCGAUAUAAAAUAAAUUCAGCCAUUCAAUCUGCUCUAUCAACUGCUAAUAAUCGAUCUGAAAAUUCUCUUGAUGAUCAUCAAUCGAGAAAUAAAUCAAUUAAAGGCUGUGAUUUAUGUCAAACAUAA